GGGAAUGAUUUGUCAGCUCGCGCCCCAGCUCCGGGCGAGAGAGGAGGCGGGCGGGAGGGGAACGCAAGCGGGGAGUGCUGCACUCACGGCCAUGCGAGGCACGUGACGUCCGCGAAGGCGGGCUCCGCCGCGGCGCAGCAUCUGUUCAGAACUUUCUGAAUCUGACAUCUGAGAGAACAGCUGGGCCAGAGCUAGUCAGACAGUCACCCCAAGGCACAGAGGAGGAGUUGGAGACUGAGGCAAGAAGAUGAGAGCUCAUUCCUCCCGGUUGGCUGCCCAGCCAGAGCCUUGCACGGAGAUCAGAUUCCAGCUAUCCUAGGAGCAGUAACAUCUUCCUCCUCUCAGUCUCCAGGCAUGUCUUUCCUCCAGGAUACAAGUUUCUUCACCAUGGGGAUGUGGUCCAUUGGUGCGGGAGCUCUGGGGGCUGCUGCCUUGGCACUGCUCCUGGCCAACACAGACGUGUUUCUGUCCAAGACCCAGAAAGCAACGCUGGAGUAUCUGGAGGAUAUAGACCUGAAAACUCUGGAGAAGGAACCAAGGACUUUCAAAGCAAAGAAGCUCUGGGAAAAGAGUGGGGCUGUGAUUAUGGCUGUGCGGAGGCCAGGCUGUUUCCUAUGUCGAGAGGAGGCUGCAGACCUGUCCUCCCUGAAGCCCAAGUUGGACGAGCUGGGUGUCCCCCUCUAUGCAGUGGUGAAGGAGCAGAUUAGGACUGAAGUGGAGGACUUCCAGCCUUAUUUCAAAGGAGAAAUCUUCCUGGAUGAAAAGAAAAAGUUCUAUGGUCCCCAGAGGCGGAAGAUGAUGUUUCUGGGAUUUGUCCGUCUGGGUGUCUGGUACAACUUCUUCCGGGCCCGGAAUGGAGGCUUCUCCGGAAACCUGGAAGGCGAAGGCUUCAUCCUUGGGGGAGUUUUUGUGGUGGGAUCAGGAAAGCAGGGCAUUCUUCUUGAGCACCGAGAAAAAGAAUUUGGAGACAAAGUAAACCCAAUUUCUGUUCUGGAAGCUGCUAGGAAGAUCAAAGUACAGACUUCAGCCUCAGAGAAAAAAUGAUUGUGUGAAACUGCCCAGCUCAGGGAUAACAAGGGGCACACAUCUGUGUUCACAGGAUGUGUUAUGUUUCCACUCAUGUCCCUAAGAAGUUAGAAGACCACUUACGCCAUAUUCUCAGUAUAGAUCAUUAAUGUACUUUAAUACUGUAUUCUGUCUAAGCCCAAUAAGGCAAAACAGGUCCCAAACAAGACUGAUAAAGAUGUGAGGAACUAGUGAGGGUUAUUUCAGCUAAAACCUGGAAAAGGUGAGGCUUGAAGUUGAUUGCUAUACCUCACUACAAACAUAUAUAAGGUUUUUGAGUGCUCUUAUUUGAAAUGAGUUUUAUUUUCAUGUCUUCAAAAAUCUAAGGAAAGUUAAUGAUUGACUUGAAGAUUGAGAUUUUUUGUGAGCAUUUAGUAAUGUAGAUAACUGCUGAAUCAUUAUGUUGUACAUCCAAAACCAAUAUAAUACUGUGUAUCAACUCUACUUCAAUUUUAAAAAUUUUGUUUAAAUAAUAUAAGAUUUUUGGCUUGUGUAUUCUCUAUUAAUGGCUUGUUACAUAAUGUUAAAGUAAUACAUAAAGGAAUUGAUGUGUUCUAGAUGGCUUAAUAAAAGUAAAUUAUAAAGGGAAAUCUUUUUUCAUUGUCUUCCAUUCUAAUCUCAGAAGUCUGUUUUUCUAGAAGAAAUGAUCAUCUCUGGCUCUAAUAAUAUUAUACAUCAGAAAUUGCCUGUAAAACAAGUUUUUCUAAUAAAACCAACAAUAAAAAUAUUUACCAUAA